UAACUUGGAGUUUCUAAUGCUCUUAGUUCAGUGAAAUAACUUCUUCUUCUACCUAAACCCAAAACUUGAGCCUAAUAAUGGAUCCCACACAGAUGAAGAAGAUUCAAGCGAUGAAGAGGUACAAGAAGCAGCAGUUCCUGAACAAUUUGUAUGUAUAUUUUGUGAGUGCCUUAACUUGCAGUGUCUUCUGUUUUGUGACCUUCUGCAUGCCCUAUCUUUCUUCUCUUCUGCGGGUCUUUUUCUUGGUCCACAUCUCAAGUUUAGUACCAGUUUUGUUGAGCUCAAAGCUCUUGUUCAUCAUAGGCAACCUUAUAAUUUUUUUCCUUGUGGUAAACUCGAGAAUCCUUUCCUCGGAUCCCUCUUCAACUCCUGUUGUUUACUAUGAUGAGUACAUUCGGAGCAGUCAAACCCCAAAACCUCGUGUUACAACAGUUGAGGUCUGCAACCAAGGUAAAGCUUUAUUGGAGAAACAUGUUGUCGGGGAAAAUUUGGACAUCAACAGCACUGAGAAAGGCACCGAAACAUUCAAAGAAGACGAUGACAACAUAGAUGCAGGCGAUGGACAACGUUUGAUUCCUUCAUGUUUGAUUCCUUCUUGUUCCGAUGAAUUGAACAAAAGGGCCGAUGAUUUUAUUGCAAGAGUCAAUAGGCAGAGAAGGCUUGAACUUAGCCUUCUCAAUUAUGGUGGUAGUUACUAAGUAUAUGGUGCUGCUGUAUAGUGCAAAAAUAUCUUGAUCUCAACUAGAUUAUUUUCUUCAAAA